AUGUAUGGGUUUGGUGCAGCGUCCUUGAGGUUCCAGACCGGAUACCCCACGGGUGAAGACUCAUACAUGAAUCAAUAUGUCCCAAAUCCCGAGAUAACGGUGCAGGACCAAGAACACAUUCUAUCUCAACCGACCGAGCUAUCUGAACCUCCUGCGAAGCGGCUGCGCAUCACGCACAAGGCUUACGAAGCAGCUUCAGCGUCAAUUGCUUUGGGAAAUCUAGAACACCAAGACCCCAAGUCACAGACCUUCCUGUCUGAUGGAUCCCACAUUGUUGGCUCAGCGGAGAGGCUGUAUGCCGGUGGGAGUAGCACUACCCCGAAUGAGUCGACAACCUCAACCGACUUGACAUCUUCCUUUGAACUAAAAGCAUCUACAUCACCUCCUCCCAAUCCCCUACAAUCUCUUCCUAUACAGUCAGUUGUCUUUGGACCGAAUGUACUGGACAGCGGGAAAGUUGAUAUGUCUAAAUGUCGACCUCGAUCGUCCAUCCCAUCUAAAAUCCACCCCUCGGUUUACGGUGAGCAGUGCGUCAGAGCGGCGUACGCAUCACGACUGAACCCGUAUGCUCUACACCGACAAGAACAAGAAUUUUUACAAGACCACCUCUGCCAUGUUCACGUCACAAUCUACCUCAACAUACGAAAUGGAAUACUACUACUCUGGGGGAGAAAUCCCAUGGUGGCUGUCACCAGGGAAGAAGCACUCGGAUGUGCCAAAGAUUACCGAUGGAUGAAUCUGGCUUCGUUUGCUUACGACUGGCUCGCUCGAAAUGGCUACAUCAAUCACGGCUGCGUGGAGGCUCCAUUGGCCCCGGUGAAACCUAAACGCGGAAGACGAAAAGAAGGACCUACAAUUGUUGUAAUCGGUGCUGGAAUGGCAGGUCUGGGUUGUGCACGCCAACUGGAGAGUCUUUUCCGCCAGUAUCGUGAUUCAAAUACCUUGCCCCGAGUCAUUGUCCUCGAGGGACGUCGAAGAGUCGGUGGACGCAUUUAUUCACAUCCGUUGCACAGUCUCAAGUCAGAAAGCCUGCCUGACGGGCUUGUUCCAAAGGCAGAAAUGGGUGCUCAGAUUAUUGUCGGCUUCGAUCAUGGAAACCCGCUAGACCAGAUAGUUCGUGGCCAGUUGGCACUCCACUAUCACAAGAUACGGGAUGUUUCGACGAUUUACGAUAUUGAUGGAUCGCCCGUGAAUGAGGUCCAGGACGCGAUGGCAGAGAAGCUCUACAAUGAUUUGCUCGAUCGAACCGGAUUCUAUCGUCACAAAGCAAAGAUUGCGCCAACCGCUGAGGGAAAUCGCGAGAUGAUCGAUGCGGGCCGCGAAUCGGUGGUAGAUGACGGGCUCACUGUGCGACAGUACGAAGAGGCGAGGGCAGCUGGGACAAUAGAUUUAUUGGUCCCAACAAAGCGGGUUCGGCGAGGAAUAAAGCACAAGACUGCAGAAAAUGAGCCAUCCGUCGAUGUGGCGAGUGAUCUAGCGGGAAAUUCGGAAGAUGACCCGGCAGCCUUGACCUGCCAGACAACUGGAUGGAAGCUUAGCCCAGGAUACACCGUUAACGACACCAUUGAACUGGACCAGAUUUCCAAGGCAUCUCAGGCGCAGACUCUUGGUGCAGUGAUGGAUGAGGGUGUCAAACAGUACCGAAACAUGCUUCCGGUGACUACCAAGGACAUGCGGUUGAUGAAUUGGCAUUUUGCCAACCUCGAGUACGCGAAUGCAACCAACGUGAACAGACUUAGCCUGUCGGGAUGGGACCAGGACAUCGGAAAUGAGUUCGAGGGUGAACAUUCCCAGGUCAUUGGUGGCUACCAGCAACUACCCUACGGGCUGUACAUGCUGCCAGAAAAGCUCGAUGUCCGUACUGGCAAGAUUGUCACCGAUAUCUCUUACGACACAACUGGGUCCAACAAGAAACAAAAGGCAGUUGUCCAGUGCGAGGAUGGAGAACAGUUCCUGGCAGAUCAUGUUGUUUUCACCGGUUCUCUCGGGGUCCUGAAGCAGCAAAAAAUCAAGUUCGAGCCAUCUCUUCCGGACUGGAAGCGUGGCGCAAUUGAUAGACUGGGGUUCGGAAUAAUGAACAAGGUCGUGUUGGUGUUCGAAGAGCCUUUCUGGGACACCAAGCGAGAUAUGUUUGGCCUACUCCGUGAGCCGAAUAACCCUGCUUCUAUGGUCCAAGAAGACUAUGCGGCAAACCGCGGUCGAUUCUAUCUGUUCUGGAAUGUCAUGAAGACUACUGGGCUCCCAUGCUUAAUUGCCCUCAUGGCUGGCGAUGCAGCCCAUCAAGCAGAAUCUACAUCAGACGAAGAAAUAAUCACGGAGGUCACUGGCCAACUUCGAAACGUCUUCAAACACACUACAGUUCCCGAUCCCCUGGAGACUAUCAUCACCCGCUGGGGCCAGGACCCAUUCACAUACGGCAGCUACUCCUACGUGGCUGCAGCAGCGUUCCCAGACGACUACGACCUGAUGGCCCGGUCAAUCGGCAACCUCCACUUCGCCGGCGAAGCCACCUGCGGCACCCAUCCAGCAACCGUCCACGGAGCAUACCUCUCAGGCCUUCGUGCGGCAUCAGAAAUAAUCGAGCCGAUAUCCGGACCCAUCAUAAUGCCUCACCCACUGGUCCCAGAGAAGUCAAAAGUAACCCGAAGCAAAUCUUCCACGCCAAAUGGCCCAAUCACGAAGAAAACAAGAACAAGAGGCAGCUCAUCCCUCUCCUCCACCGAAAGCCCAACAAUCACCCAAUCAAAACCCGCCUCAACCUCCACCUCUCGUAAACCAACCUCAACCGAAAAGUCUUGCCGCGACGCCUACGACCAAGCCCUAUGGACAACAAUCUACGCUGAGCUCGGCUCCGCACCACCGCGCCCCGCAAAAUCAGGCCUAAACCCCUUCCUCUUUUAUCAAAAAGACUACUGGGGGCGUUGCCGCGACCAAUGCGACGAAGCCCGCCGCACAGCAUCAAACAACCCCAACGCAAAGGCUCCACGCGACGAGAUCCGUGCCGCGCUGGGCCAGAUGUGGCGCUCUGCGACCCCAGCCGAGAAAAAGCCCUACCUCGACCAGACGGAGGUUAACCGUCGUGCUAAUGCCGAGGCUUGGGAUAAGUGGAAGGUUGAUAUUGCUGAGUGGGAGCGGAAAACUUUCGUCGUUAAGGAUCGCUGGUGUUCGGAGAACCCAUUUGAUGAUUGGGUUAUGCCGGACUAUCUUGCUGAAAGUGCGUCGUCGGUUCCCGUUCUUGCUACUGCGUUUACGAAUGCUGUGCCUGCUUUAAAGUCUGAAAAAUGA